AUGAAAUUGAUUUAUCUUUUCCUUUGCCUCGUUAUUCAUAAUGUAGAAACGAUGAAUUCUUUUGCUAAAUACACCCUCACUCAAUUGGAUGAAAUAAAAUAGAAAUCGGUUAUAAGAGGUGAGUACAAAGAUGUUGCUCAAGAAUCAGCAGGAGCCAUUGUUUUUAAUAGUAGAACCGUUGGAUAUGUUGGAGGAUAAAAGAAUAGUAGCCCGUUGAGAGAUGCAAUUUAUUAUAUAAUAUCUGGGGGGUAUUGCUAUGCUGGAAUGUCUUAAUUCAUUAUAAUAGACUUGCUCUAGACCUACUAACUCAAUACUAUAAAAGUUUGGUUAUAUGAUAGAGAUCCUACAUUUAUAAGAACUUAUGAUAUGUAGUUAUUUAUAUCAAGCUCUGAUACAAAUGACUAAUUGAUUUAUGAGAGCAACAUUUCCAAGAGUCUCACAACCAUUAAGUUUCCAGACACUCAGAUUAAACAGAUAAAGAUUAAGAAUAGAGGCGGAAGUACAAUAGAUUAGUGGUUAAUCCUAUUAAAAAUUUAAGCAUUUUAUGCUUUUUGA